AUGGAUUCUCUUCAAAUGAUUUUUUUGGAAGCUGUUUCUAUUGGAGAUACAGUAAAAAUUAAAGAAUUACUUAAAUCUGGAAUGAUUGAUGUAAAUUAUAAACAUAAAAUAAAUGGAUGGAACGCUUUACAUUGGGCUGCUAGAAGAAAUUUUUAUAAUAUUUGUUGUGAUUUAAUAUCUUAUGGUUUUGAUCCAAAAAUAAAAACUAAACAAGGAAAAAGUGCAUAUGAAGUGUUACCUAAAAACGCAAGUGAAGAAUUAAAAGCAUUAUUAUUUAUUGAAGAGAUAGAAAAAAAUAAAGAAGAAAUGGUUGUUAAAGAGCCAGAAUGUAAUUUUACUCCUAAUUAUAUAAAAUAUCCACCAUUUCCACAUAUAAAUAAUAGUAAAAAUGAAAUAAUAAAUGAAAGUAUUAAUUCUUUACCAAAUGUUUCAGAAUCACCAUCAAUAUCAAAUGUAGAGAAGACAUUUUCAUAUGGUAGAAGAGGAUCAGAUGUUCGUACAAGAUUCAUACUUGUUAGAACAUGUUGUUUAAAUGGAAAAGAAGCAUUUAAAAGAGUAACACUUCCUGGUGGUGCAACAGUAAAAUCUCUUAAAUUAACAAUUGAAAAAGCAAUGAAAUUAGGAAGUGUUUUAGAUGUUAUUACAUUACCGGACAACAUUAUUAUUGAAAGUGACGAUCAGAUAAAAGAUUUUAAUGAUUGUCAAAAAGUUGAAGUUGUUUUUGACACAAACCCGAAGAGUGAUUUAGAUAAAAUUAAUAACUUAUCAAACGAAGAUUCUACUUUAAAGAAUAAUUUCAAACUAUAUACUAAUAGGAAAGAUAUUAAAAUAAAGAAUAAGGGUAAAUAUUCUUAUACAGAAGAAAUAAAUAAAGAAGAUAAUAUAAAAAAAAUGAGUGAAACAGAAGAUAAUAUAAGAAAUGAUGAAGAAUCUUUUGGAAUUGAUAGAUUAAAAGAUGAUACACAACUUAAUCAUGAAGAAGAAUUUGUAUCAGAUAUUUCAUUACAAGAUAUUGGUGAAAUAGAAGAAAAGAAAAUGAGUUAUGUAACAAUAGAUAAUGGUUUUAUACAAGAACCACCAUCAACUGAUUCUCCAACUUUUGAUAUAGUAACAAGUGAUGCAGUAUUUGAAGAUAACAAUCAUAAUACUUCAACUAUAAAGAAAGUUUCAAUAAAACAAAGAAAUACAAAUACAAUUAGUGGUUCAAAUGAUUUAGAUCAUGGUUUAAGGCACGUUGCCUCAAUACCUCAUCAUCAGUUUAAGGCAGAACAUGUUGAAGAUCACGUGUCACCAAAAAUUUCUUUAGAAAAAAAGGAAAAAGAAGACAUAGAACUUCAACAAUUUCUUAUUGUUGUUACAACAGCUGCUGCUGUAGCUAUUGGAGUUAUUUUGUCUAUGGUAUUUUAA